AUGAGUCUAUCGCAUUCUUCGUGGAACAACCAGGAAAGCUUGUUCGUGUUAUCGAGUGCUGACGCUGAGACAUGCAACCAAUUGAGCCAGGAUAGUUCACUGCCAACUCUCCAAGCAUCUGAGUCUGAGACAGGGAGUAAGAAGAUGGCGAUUCCACGCCUCGCGGAAGGUGCAGAAUCAGCAUUUACUUCCCCGGGAAGAUUCCACCGUCGCCAUGUCCGUCGCGCCUGUGAGAGCUGUCGACAGAGAAAGACAAAAUGCACAGGUGACAAAUCUGGCUGCCGUAAUUGUCGGGAGGCCGGAAUUAUCUGCUGCUAUACAGAUGGCAAGAGAGAGAAGUCCAAGCGACAGUUGGCAAGUUUAACGGCAAAAGUUCAUGCAUAUGAAGAUGUUAUCCGGAGAUUAAGUGGCCGCUUUGGUGUCUCUGAUGAACAGCUUGUUAACAUCGCGUUGACAGCGGAGGCUGCCCCGGAAUUGGCACUCAACAUCGACGAAAGCCUGGUCUCAAAGAAUGAAACAGGUCAAAAGACCGAGUCGGAGCCUCCGCAGGAUAGCUCUUCCUCGCCUGGUGUACUUGGCCGAGUGGAUCACACCGAGGAGGACUUCAAUCGGGACGAGACCGCUCGUGCCACCGGGUUUGUUGGUCGAAGCUCAGAGAUUGCAUGGCUGCAAAAACUGGGCAAAGAAAUAAACACAGAAUAUGAAGAGUGGUUGAUAGCAAAGUCACGCGAGGGCGACGCGAGCGGACUUCCAUCGCCAACUCCUACCCCACUCGUUGACAAGCAAGUCGAACCUUUGGUGGCUUCUUCUACAUACUUUGCAGACGACCUUGAAGUCCCACAGAGGGAUCAAGUUGAUGCAUUCGAAGUACCUACCAGAGAUAUAGCCUCAAAGCUACUCAACGCCUAUCUUACAUCAGUGCAUCCCUCCUUCCCCAUCAUCGGCAUAUCAACUUUUCUUUCACAGUUCCAGGUUUUCUUCAAUCAACCUUCGUUGAAGCCGGGAAGCAAGUGGCUUGCUAUUCUCAACAUGGUGUUUGCCAUUGCCUCAAAAUAUGGCCAAUUGACCGACGCAGAAUGGGUAGAGGGCGAGGACGAUCACGAAAUUUACUUUUCGAGAGCAAGAAAUCUGUGCCUGGAAAACCAAUUCCUACAACAUCCUGAUUUACAGCAGUUGCAGAUCGAGGGACUUGCCUCCUUUUAUUUAACGGCAUCCGGCCACAUAAACAGAGCUUGGAAGCUAGCUGGAGGUGCAGUCAGAGGGGCCUUAGGGCUUGGUCUGCAUCUCCAGAAUGUGGGCGGCUGUACCUCCGAUACCUCGAAAGAAAUUCGAUAUCGCGUUUGGUGGUCGCUUUACGAUAUUGAGCAUCUUCUCGGUGUCAUGACAGGACGUCCGUCGUGCAUUAUGGAUGGCUCAUGCACUACGCCUCUCCCAGUACCCUUUGAUGAGAGUGAUUUUCAGAAGGAAGAAGUGGCCCAGCUAAUCAGCGUCGCCGGACGGGGAACCUCAAGUCCCUUAGAUCGCGUGUCUCUUCACGGCAAUACUGCCAACUUGGAAUCUACCGCGGAGUCUGACUCUGGAGAGUCCACAGCGGUUGCUGAUCAGAAUAGGAGCCGAACAGAGUACUUGAAAACUCUUCCACCAUGCAUGUCUCUGUACUUCCUCCAGAUGACUUCACUCACGAUCAUUGCGAAGCGAAUGACUACCAAGCUUUAUAGCCCCGAGGCACUACAAUCGCCCUGGGCAAGCAUCGAGUUCACGAUUCAAAGUCUGACCCUAUCUAUUGACUCAUGGUUCAUGAACCUUCCACCAGCAUAUGAUUUCACUUCCACUCAGAGCUCCCAGUGUCCGGUUGUUCAACGAAUGGGCCUCGCUUUCCUUUUUUACAGCACGAAAAUCGGCAUUGCUCGUCCCUGUCUCUGUCAACCAGAGUCUUCUCCAUCCGAGGACGGCAAGACGCGCGAAUUCUGCAGCAAGACCGCUGCCGAGUGUGUCGAGUCAGCAUGCCACAUGUUGACUUUGUUCCCGGACAAUUUGGAUGCCGCCCUGUUGCACCGAAUCUCCCCCUGGUGGUGUACUCUCCACUAUCUGAUGCAGGCGACCACUGUACUUCUUAUGGAGCUUGCCUUCCGCUCUCGGCAUGUACCAGAUAAAGCGAACAUGGUACUGAAAGCUGCUAGAAAAGCCGUGGAGUGGCUGGCAGUCAUUUCAAAGAAAAGUACCGCGUCAGCACGAGCAUGGAAACUUUGUGAUGGGUUCCUUCGUCGUCUUACUCCCCCGGAAGGAGUCGCAAUGGAUGAUGCUUCGGACAACGAGGUAUCAUCAACGAAUUCCCUUUUCGAUGCAUCCGACGCCAUGGAUUCAUUGGAGGCCGGCCAGAGCCCGAUGAUUAACGAGCUCGCCUUUGAUCUGCCCCCCGUGCCCUUGACCACUGCGGAUUCAAUUGCGGCCGGCAUGGAUUCGAUUGCUUGCUCCCCAAUCAAACCACCCAUGAGCCCAUUCGAAAUGAAUAUGCCUCUCAGCAUGGAGGCACCUGAUCUGCUGGACUCAUUGUCCAAACAAGAUUCUUCUUUCUCAGGCCAGCUCAGUUAUGACGAUUUCUUCCCUUGCGAUCCCACCACGGGUCAGAUAACGGGAUCAUUUUUCCCAUCUGGGCCAACCUUGGAUGUUGAUAUGGGGUAUUUCUGGGGUGAUGCCGUGUGCUAG